AUGAAAGCGUCUUUGUGCACUCUCGCCCUUUUGUGCCUCCCUCUCGUUGGUGCCCAGUAUGGAGGAGGAGGAGGAAGUUCUAGUUCUAACAAGGAUACCUCGACCACUGCGAGCUCAACAGCGAGUGGUCCAGCUUCGAGUACCACCCAAUCGGUCGAUGUUGGUGAAAGUGGCUUUGUCUUUAAACCCGACACUAUCAACGUCCCUGCGGGAGGCGUUGUUGAGUUCCAUUUCUAUCCAGGCGAUCACUCAGUUGUCCAGGCCGCUUUUAAUAACCCGUGCCAUCCUCUGAGCGAUACUAGCUUCUUCAGUGGAUUUAUGGCAAAUGCUAAUAACGGAAAGCCUGUCUGGUCGUUGACUGUUAAUGAUACAAAUCCGAUCUGGAUCUACUGCGGCCAAAUUGGACAUUGUCAAGCUGGCAUGGUUGGCGUGAUCAAUCCGUCUGGCCCAGAUACGCUUGAUGCAUUCAAGUCGGCAGCUUCUAAUGCAAAUGGUGAUAGUGUGCCAGCCACACCCCAAGGUGGCAUUCUCGGUACGCCAAGUGCUGCUCAGACAACCACGACCUCCAGCAGUGCGACCUCCAGCAGUACGGCCGCCAGCAGUACGGCCGCCACAAGCAGUCCAGCCACUACCAGCAGUACGACUGCCAGCAGCACGUCUCCUACAAGCGGGACACAGACCAGCACAGCUGGCUCCAGCCCCAGCGCCACGAAUACAGCAGAAAAUUUGCACGUUUCAACUGAUCUCAGUGUCUUGGCCAUCCUUACCUUAACAGUGGCUAUGUUUUUCAUGUAGGCUCGGUUUCGUCAUUGAUGAUGCGCUGGGAUUGUUGAAAGCCAGCUACGGAGGCAUCCGAUGAACAUAAAAAAGGGGAAAAUGC